AUGCAUGAGAGUGUUAUCAUAACCUUUAUCUUCUCUUUCUUUGUUUUUUUUUCUAUUUCCUUUUUCUUCUUUCUUUUUCUUUCUUUCUUUUCUUUCUUUUCUUCAUUCUUUUUUCUUAUCUUCAUUCUUUUUCUCUUUUCAUUCUUUCUUUAUCCUUUUCUCUUCUUUUCUUUUAUUUGUCUCUUUUUCUUUCUUAUGAUUAUAUCUCUCACUCUUUCUCUCUCUGUCUCUCUCUCUCUCUCUCUAUCUAUCAAACAUGGUUUAGUCAUAUUUAUCAAAGUUGUUUUUAGCAUAUCAUAUCUAUCCAUCUAUCUAUCUAUCUAUCUAUCUAUCAAACAUGGUCUAGUUAUAUAUAUAUCAAAGGUCUUUAGCAUGUCUGUCUAUCUAUCUAUCUAUCUAUCUAUCUAUCUAUCUAUCAAACAUGGCUUAGUUAUAUCUAUCAAUGUUCCUGUACAUCUCUCUCUCUCUCUUUAUCUAUCUAUCUAUCUAUCUAUCUAUCUAUCUAUCUAUCUAUCUAUCUAA